AUGGAGGAAAAGCUGUCAAUUGAAGUUACAAAGCUGAAGAGAGAUGCGGCGGCUGCAGUCACUACUAUACUAAAAAACAAGGACAGAAAUGAAGCUAGCGUUGAAGACCCUUGUUACACCCCACCACCUCCCGGUGAUAAUCCCACUCAUCAAGACCCCACUUGUGCGAGAGAACUUAAAGAAGUCAGGGAAGAACUGGACAAACUAAGGAGGUGA